AUGGCUUCAAAUUUAGAGGAAGAGAACUUCUUGAGAUCAAAGGAGUAUGGGGCAUUGAUCGAGAAUGGAAUUACAGUGCCGGAGGAUGAGGCAGCUUUGACAGAUGCUCAAAGAAAGGUCAUUGAUGAUCAAAAGCUCAAAGACCUUAAAGUAAAGAACUACCUAUUUCAGUCCAUUGAUCGUACGAUAAAGGAGACAAUUCUCAAUCGAGACACAGCCAAGAAUAUUUGGGAUUCCAUGAAACAGAAAUUUCAAGGAUCAACCCGAAUUAAGCGUGCCCAACUACAAGCCUUGAGGGGAGAGUUCGAAGUAUUGCAGAUGAAGGAAGGUGAGCAGGUGAAUGAAUACUUCUCAAGAACCCUAGCAAUUGCCAACAAAAUGAAGACGCAUGGGGAGAAGAUGGAGCAGGUGGUGAUUAUCGAGAAGAUAUUGAGUUCUAUGACCUCAAAGUUUGAUUAUGUAGUAUGUUCUGUCGAGGAAUGUAACAAUCUGGAAACCUUGACAAUAGAUGAGCUGCAUAGUAGUCUCUUGGUGCACGAACAGAGGAUGAAUGGGCACGGGAAAGAAGAACAAGCUGUUAAGGUCAGUCAUGAAGAGAAGUUUGGCUUCAAAGGCAGAGGGAGAAGUGUGUUUCGAGGAAGAGGAAGAGGCAGGGGCUGA